UCUCUCUCUCUCCUUCCCUGCCCUUCACUCACUCACUCACUCUCUCUCUCUCUCUCUGUCGCUCACUUCAAGAAAAAAUAAGCCAUGAAGGAAAAGCAAGGACACUUGGCUGCGCGCGUCGGAGUCGAGUGAAAGUUAGUCAAAUCAUCGAGGAGGAAACAGGAGGACGUGGACGGGAAGGAAAAGCUCAAUUCGGCAGUAAUAGGCGACUGAAGCGGCGAACACAUGGAGUGUAAAGUCUAAGCGACGGGAAAAGACUGGAGCGAGUUCGGGCUACUCGUUAAUGUGUGACUCAGAGCGGAGAGACUUUCACACACUCGCUCGUCUUCUAUUUUCCUGCGGUUAUCACAGAAGUCGCGUCAGGUUCGCCUGAGAAGUGUGUGUGUGUGUGUGUGUGUGACAGGAGUGUGGAGCUGAGGAAGAAGAGGACAGGCUGUUGUUGCAGCCAUGGCCGGGGCGAAACCGGGAGUGCACACGCUCCAGCUCAAACCCGUGUGCGUGCCCGAGCUCCUGAAAGCGGGAAGCAAGUUUAUCAAAUGGGAUGAGGAGCCCAACAAUGGCGCGAUGACUCAGGUCACCAUGAAAGUGGACCCUGAAGGAUUCUUCCUUUUCUGGAUUAGCCCAAACGGGGAGACGGAUAUUGUGGACAUCAGCCAUAUCAGAGACACCAGAUAUGGGAAGUUUGCCAAGAUACCAAAGGACUCAAAAAUAUGUGAUCGUCUGGGCUUGGUCAAAGGAGAGAUCCGCGAGAACCUUAUGCCAGUAACAAUUGUCUAUGGCAACGACCUGGUCAACAUCACCUUUCUCAACUUCCUGGCUAUUGAGGAGGGGACUGCCAAGGUGUGGACAGAAGAGCUGUUAAAACUUGCCACAAACUUACUGUCCCUAAAUGCCUCACGUAGCACCUUCUUACGCAAGGCAUGGACCAAGCUAACACUUCAUGUCAACCAAGAUGGGAGAAUCCCACUAAAGCAUAUUAUAAAGAUGUUCUCUGACAAGAAGCGAGUGGAGACAGCGCUGGAGCAGUGCGACCUCAUAGUUAACAAGGCAGAAGGGAUCAAGCUGAAGGACUUCACCUGGGAAAAGUUCCAGAGCUUCUUAAACAAACUCUGCCUGAGGUCUGAGAUCGACCGCAUCUUUGUGGAACUUGGCUCUAAAGGGAAGCCCUUUCUAUCCCUGGAUCAGAUGACGGACUUCCUUAACCGUAAGCAAAGAGACCCACGGCUGAAUGAGGUGCUCUACCCACCCCUUAAGCGAGAGCAGGUACGACAGCUCAUGGAAAAAUAUGACACUAACACCCGGCAGCUGGAAAGAGACCAAAUCUCGCUGAUGAGUUUCAGUAAAUAUCUGGAAUCAGAUGAAAAUGCAGUGGUUCCCUCCGAGAGGUUCGACGUCAUGGACGAUAUGACCCAGCCGCUGUCUCAUUAUUUUAUCAACUCUUCACACAACACCUACCUCACAAUGGGUCAGUUAACAGGUUUAUCCUCGGUGGAAAUGUACAGACAGGUUUUGCUCACCGGAUGUCGCUGUAUCGAGCUGGACUGCUGGAAAGGUCGUCCACCCGAAGAAGACCCCAUUAUCACUCACGGCUUCACCAUGACAACCGAAAUCCCCUUUAAGGAAGUGAUUGAAGCCAUUGCUGAGAGUGCCUUUAAAGCCUCUCCUUACCCCCUCAUCCUCUCCUUCGAAAAUCAUGUUGACUCCGCAAUUCAGCAAGAAAAGAUGGCAGAAUGCUGCCGCAACAUAUUCGGUGAUGCGUUGCUCAUCGAUCCUUUAGAGAAGUACCCGCUGAUCCCAGGUCAGCCAUUGCCCAGUCCUCAGGAUCUGAUGGGGAAAAUCCUGAUAAAAAACAAGAAAAGACAUUACUAUCAUAUCAGGGAUCGUUUCACGGCUAAUGGAGGCAGCAUCAGCCGCAAGGAGGGAGCAGACGAGCAGGCCUCAUCUCUCAACGAUGCUUCAUUGCCUGAAGGCGAGACGAGUCAGAUUAUGUCCAAUGGGGGUGAGAAGCUUGCGGAGAAGAUGAGCAAAGACACACGCAAGUCUAUUGAUCGGGGAGAUGGAGAUAGUGAGGAAGAGGAAGAGGAAGAGCCAGUGACAGAUCCCAAAAAGCACCAUUCUGAUGAGGGAACAGCAUACAGUGAAGCCACUGCUACAGAAGAGAUGUCCACGCUGGUAAACUACAUCGAACCAGUCAAAUUCAAAUCCUUCAGAUGGGCAUCCGAAAGGAGAAAGUAUUACGAAAUGUCGUCCUUUGUUGAGACCAGAGGCAUGGACGCCCUGAAAAGUUUCCCCAUUGAUUUUGUGGAAUACAAUAAGAAUCAGUUGAGUCGGAUCUAUCCCAAAGGCACACGUGUGGACUCUAGUAAUUACAUGCCUCAGCUCUUCUGGAAUGUAGGCUGCCAGAUGGUGGCGCUAAACUUCCAAACUCUUGAUUUGCCCAUGCAGCUAAACAUGGGUGUGUUUGAGUAUAACGGGCGUAGCGGGUACCUGCUCAAGCCUGAGUUCAUGAUUCGUACAGAUAAACACUUUGACCCUUUCACUGAGGAAAUAGUGGAUGGCAUUGUGGCUAACACGGUCAAGAUCAAGAUUGUGUCUGGUCAGUUUCUGACUGAUAAAAAGGUUGGUGUUUAUGUUGAGGCGGACAUGUUCGGGCUGCCCACUGACACCAAGAGGAAGUAUCGCACCAAAACCUCUAACAACUCAAUGGACCCAGUCUGGGAGGAAGAGCCUUUCGUCUUUCUUAAGGUGGUGUUACCCACACUAGCAUCACUUAGAGUAGCUGUCUUUGAAGAGAAUGGGAAGUUCAUAGGCCAUCGGAUCUUACCAGUGGUGGCUUUACGCCCAGGAUACCAUUACAUUAAUCUGAAGAAUGAGCUCAAUCAGCCACUGCUUUUUGCCUCGCUCUUUGUAUACACUGAAGUUCAAGACUACAUUCCCAAUGAGCACCAAGAGUAUGCAGAGGCUCUGACCAAUCCAAUCAAACAUGUGCUGGAUCAGAGAGAGAGGCAGCUAGCUGUGCUCAUGGAGGAUAACGACGACAUCAGUAAGCAAGUACUUGUAAAGUCAGAACAAGGAGAGAAACCAGAUUUCAGUCUUGUAUCUAAUGAGUUCCCAUUCGCUUUGCCAUCCCCAACCCUCCCACCUUUGGUGGCGGAUGUACUGACUGCUCCAGCCCCAAAAGAGGACCUGGUCAUCACUGUAUUAACAGCGAUCAGUCCCCAGUCCAUUGAUGAGCUGAGGCAGGAGAAGUCCUAUGUCAAGUUGUACAAGAAACAGUGCAAAGAACUGAAGGAGCUUCACAAGAAACACCUCAAAAAGCUGUGGUCCCUCGGCAAGGAGCAGAAGACGAGGAGUAACCAGCUGAACUCGGACAUCCAGAGGCGCAAGAGUCAAGUGGAGAAAAAGCUGCGACUCAGCAUAAAGAAAAAUGAGCCCGCUGAGCCUGUGAGGACUGAGCUGAGUAAUCUGGAGAUGGAGCUGGAGAAGAGGACAGUGCAGCUAAGAGAGUGGCAGAUGCAGGAGCUACUCGAACUGCGAAAGAAACAACACAAGCUGGAAAGAGAAAAGAAGUUCGUUCACUUUGAAGAGUCAUUUAAGAAACUAAAAGUAGUUGCUGAGGAAUGCCAGACAACACAGAUCAAGAAACUCAAGGACAUAUGUGACCGAGAGAAGAGGGAAAUGCAGAUGAUUUUAGAAAGAAAACGGCUGAACAGCAUCUUUGAGGCCAGAAAGGGAGACAGAGAGAAAGCCGAGGCGGAAAUGAAUGAAAUAAAUAGAAAACAUAUUCAGGAGUCGGUGAACUCACUGCGCAAGUUGGAUGAAGCUCAGGUGAAACGCCAGGAGUUGCUGAAGACCCAGCAGAAAGAAAUCCUACUGAAAAUAGACGAGGAUCAACCGCUGCAACGGCUACAUUUGGAGCGCGAAUGCGACGCAGAGCUCGAGCGGUUACCCGAGGAGAUCCGCCGCUACCUGCAGGGCGAGCUAGAGGGCAAAGGUCUGCGCAACGAUGCCCUGUACAGCCACCUGCCCAACAGCGACAGCUCUGGCUCAGGUCCACCCUCCAACUGCAGCACGCCCCCUUUCAACUCGCCUAAUCACAGCACAGCCUCGCUCGGCGACUCCUCAUCCUCAAGCACCAUCACGACCGAAUCGGAGUCCACGGUCAUCUGAUGCCCAACUUAUCACUCUGUCCUGUUGUGACACUUUUUCACUGGAUUAUAUAAAUAGAAGUAGUAAUACUGAAAGGUGUUUUAAUGUUUUUAAAAGAUUUCAGUAACGUUUUUCUUUUUCUUUUUUAUUACUAAAGUUGUCUUGGAUUGUUCUCUUGCUUUAGCCAUAAAAUAUACACCCAUGUCUGUGUUAAGCACUUGUGGAAUGGAGGGAAAGUUUUUGUUUGUUUGUUUGUUUUUUAUUAAGAGACUUAUUUAUUUCUGUGGUAUGAUAUGAGGGAGAUGAAAACUUUAACUGUAGUGCUCUGCAUUAUCCUGCAGAUGGCAGUGUGGCUGUAGUGAUGGCAUGAGUUGAAUGACUUGUAAUCUGAUGGGUACUUGUUUACAAAAUAAUGCACAGAUGGGCAAUCCUAGAAGCCAGGCCAUCAUCUCUUUUCCCUAUUGGACUAUAAAGUUAAUUCCCACUGUGUAUUUCUGCAGCAUCCUAAACACAUCAACAUAAUUCAUAUUUUGUCUGUGUGUGUGGUGGUGGCAAGAGAAAGAUUAUGGAUGUGAUGAAUAUAAUUUUUUCCAUUAAUGCAUAUUUCCCCUCUCCCAUUGUCUUACUCAUUCUUUUUUAAGAUCAUAUAUAUGCAUCUCUUCUUCCCUACAGCUCUGUGUGCGGAAAGGUUUAAUCUAAUCCCUGCUCUAAUUCUCUGUAUAAUUGGUGCGCCAAUUCCAUGCACCACACUUCCAAAACCACUACUGUUCAGGACAUGGUUCCUGUUGGUCCUGUCAAUUAUUUACACCCCUAAUGCGUGUGCGGAUUAACAAAAUUGUAAGUGUGUAGUAUCAGGAGUCAGGGUUAGCCAGAAUGUCAUACGAACACACAUGACCAGGCAGUAUGCAUAUAUGCUUUUACAUUCGUCUUAGGUUGCCUCUCAAAAGGGUGUCUAAUAUUUCUGAGCCCUUAGUUCAUCUUUAUCAUGGUUUAUUUGUUGGUGCCUGUAAUCAAGGGCUGUGGAUCAGCCAAAUGUUUUCUUAGAAUGGCAUUUUGGACAAGGUUGGAUUGUUUACCAAGGAUAGCGACAGAUUAUCUCGUAGGUUACAGAAUCCUUAAAUCGCAAAUGUGGAAGGAUGAAAUAUUGCAGCUUUAACACACAUUCAGUAUGAUUUAAAAACGUGGGAUGCAUCAAUCUGACAUGAGAGCUGGUAGUAUCAUGAACCCAUGGAUUAGUAUUGAAUCAGAUUUGACAUCUUGCCUACUAGUAUUUAUAUCGUGCUCCAUCACCAUUCUCUUUUUCCCUUGGAAUGCUAGUGUGAAAUUAGGUAAAAAAUACUUAAAAAUGAAAUAUCUUCAUGUUUAUGGAAAGCAUUUAGACAGGGUAAGCUAGCCAAAGGUCAAGCUUUGCCCCUUUUUUUCUCAUUGUAGAGCAAAAGUUUAAACUAAAUCUGUAGUCUCUUUAGCACAAUGUAUCUCAAGCUCGAUCCUUGGAGGACCAACCUGUCCUGCACUUUUUAGGGUUUUCCCUGCUCAUCCUCAUAAAUUCAAAAAACACAUUAAUUAGCUCAAAUAGCUUAAUUAGUUAAAUCAAGUGUGCUUGGAGCUGAGAAACUACUAAAAUGUGCAGGGCAGGUGGUCCUUCAGGGGCAGGGUUGAGAACCACUGCUCUAGCUGAGCCUCCUUUUCCUAACUGUGAGCUCAUUCUCAUUCUUCUAAAACCCUAAAAUCUUUUCUCAUGCGUUUUCAGUGUUUAUCUCUUGGUUUUCGGAAACCGUGAAUGCAUUCUAAAUUAUGGAGGCUGACACUUCCACUCAACCCUCUGAAAAAAAAAAAAGGCAAAAAUCUACUGGUCCAUUUGACUGGGAUGGCGUAUAAUGUGGCUGCAGGCAAAGCAGUGGUGCUGGUCUCUAGAGUUUGGACGGUGCAGGCAUUACCAGCUCACACUGAGAGGGGUACACACUGAAAUUUUGUCUUGCUGGAUAUGUACAGUAAAAGAAUAUAGGUUGUAUGCUUUGUGUGCGCUUGUGUAUGAGAGAGAAUGUAUGAGGAUGCAGUGAAGCUCUUGAGCGCUCCCCAUGCUAGUAUAUAGGAUUUAAAGCUUUAAAAUUUUAAACAGGAGCAAUGGUACUUUUUGUAAAGUGCUGUCUAAUGAUGUACGAUGAGGAUCUUUGUUGUACAUGUGGAUAAUAUCAAAAAAGGAUUUGUGUAUAUGAUAUGGUCUAGACUUUGGUUUGAUAUGUCAGCAUGGUGAAAUAUCAAUGAUUUCAGUGUAUCUGGAUCGUCUUAAUUAGAUCCAUGUGGUUUUAUGUGUAUUCUACUACUGACUAGAGUUGGAGUCGAGGGUAAUGUCAGCUGUGUGUCUGUGUUUGUUGUUGCUCAUGUCUUUUUAUGCGUGAUGGGGUAUAGAUGAGGUCGGAUGUCUAUGGGUUUCCACGCAGACACACACUCUGAUCAUUCCUCUGAUCAACCUCUCAAACUGUCGUCUGCUGUCUGUCUAUCUGUCUGUCUGUCUGUCUAAGCAGUAAAAUCCACCUCGUUAUGAGCUCUUGAACAUGCUCAUUUACCUAUUUUAUUACUUUACAUGUUUUAUCCUAUGUGUUUGUGGCAUAGCUGAUAUUGGUCCUCACUUCAAAACCACUCUGUAUUUCACUAUGCUAAUGACACUAAAGUGAUCAUUUUUUUCUUACAAAGUGAGGACCUUGUCAGAUCUUUUACCUGUUUAUAUAUAUAUAUAUAUAUAUAUAUAUAUAUAUAUAUAUAUAUAUAAUUUCAUGACCUUUCCCUAUAAAAUCAUUUAUACUCGUAUUUACAUAUUUACCUAUGUCCGCAUUGGUGCACUUUUAUUUUCUUUUACUUUUGACACCUUUAAUGUAUUAGAAAGAUAUUACAAGCAGAAUGUUUUCUAUCUAUCCUUUAGAUCAAGGUACAGUAGCUGGUACAUUGUGUAAGUUAAAGUAAAUAAUAGAAUUUUGCCCAAUAAUAACUUUGUGUUAAAGAGAGAGCAGUCAUGCUGUGGCAUUAUUUCUAUCCGCUAAACUUGGAGGUUAGUGCCACAGCACAUUCAACUCAUACUGUAUGGUGAAUAUAAACACUUUGCCAAGGGCUAAUUUAAUUUCACCUCAAGUUGUAGCUUUAACCAAGUAUAUGUGGUAUUUGUCUUUUGUAUUUGUUUUCUGCUUGUUUCUCUCUCUAUCUCUAACUAUUAGGCUUUUCUUUCCCUUAUCCUUCUUACUGAAACACUGUAUGUAGAGAAAGUACUGCUCUGCCUUGUGAAAGGGAAAAUGAUUACUCGGGAUGUAAUUUUUAUUGCAUUGAUAAAAUGAUACACCUAUCUGUACAUUCAAUAAAUACAGAAUUUUGUCAGGA